AUGGCAUAUCAAGCAAAUAACAAUCCUAAUGAUGGUUUAAACAGAGUUGCAAACAAUUUGAAUCAACUGGUUCAACAAUUAAGGGUAAAUCUUGCUCAACCUCAAAAUGAAAUACAUUUGAUAAGUUAUCCUGAUUUCUAUGGUGGAGAGCAGGAUCCAGUAACUUGGAUGGAGGAGGUGGAACAAGUAUUUGAGGCAAAUAGGGUGCCUGAUGCAAGGAAAAUUCCAAUUAUUGUUCCUUAUCUAAAAGGAUCUGCUGCUACCUGGUGGGAUGAUCAAAUGGCACAACUUCAAAACUUUAAACCAGUUUUUCUUGAACAAUUUAGGACUGUAACUUUGGAAGGAAAAUGGUUUUCACAGCUUACUCAAAGGAAGAAGGUUAUAGCAGGAGGAAAUCAAUUUCCUGAGGCUGCAAAAGCUUAUAUUUUUCUCAAUGGAUUAAGGCCUGAGUUAUCUACAGCAGUUUCUCCAUUUAUGCCAAAUACUUUAUUUGAGGCAUAUACAAGGGCAAAGGCAUUUGAACAUGCACAUACUCAAAGUUCUUAUGGUUAUAAUAUGAACAUGAAUCCAGUUUCUUCCAAUGCUGAACAAAUUUUACAAUUGACUGAAGCUAUUAAAACAAUGUCUGAACAACUCAAUCAAAGGAAGCCAAGGAAUUACAAAAAUAAUAACAAUAAUGGCAACAAAUCUCAAAUUAUUUGUUUCAAUCCAAAUCAACAGGAAUUGUUGCAAAAUAUGUUAGCUUUGAUGAAUCAAAUUAAUCAAAAUAUUGGAAGCAAUAAUACUGGAAAUAGCAAUCAUACUGGAAAUAAUACCAGUUCUGGAAAUAACAAUCAAAAUGAAAAUGAAACAUUUGUUCAUAUUCCUGAACAGGAUGUUCAUAUCUUCACUGCUGAAAGAAGAGGAUCUCAAAGUAUCACUGUUGAAAGGAAAAAGUCUAAAAGGACCACAACCAGGAAAAGGAAUGUUGAGGAUGAAUUACCUGCAAUUGCAUCCUUGGUAACUCCAUAUUCAAUUGUAUCUGAUCUUCAAAAUAAACCUGCCAAUAUAACUUUUGGACAGUUGUUGAAGGAGGUACCUACUAUGAGGCAGGAACUUUCAAAAAGUUUGACCAAAAAGAGGACUAUUAGGAGAAAAUCUAAAAUGAAUGUCAAUAUUGGAGCUUUUCAAGGAUCAACAGCUUUAUAUUGUACUGCUACAGUGUAUGGUACAAAAAUUCCAUUGAUUAUUGAUAGUGGAUCAUCUGGAAGUGUUGUUACUAUGCAGCUAUUGAAAAAGUUAAAAGUAACACCUGAAAGGUCUUCAACAAUUAAAAUGAUCAAUGUUCAUGGUGAAAGUAAAAGGGCAUUGAGUGAAAUUUCAAACUUUCCUUUCAAUAUAGGAGAUGUUGAAAUUCCUGUGGAUGUAGUUGUAACUGAUGCAAACUCUUACCAAGCCUUGGUAGGAAAUGACUGGCUCUCUAAGGGAUUAUUGAAUCAACUGUUUGCUUUUAAUGAAUGGGAUAACAGUGACCAAUUGCUCAACUCUAUGGAAAAUGAUAGCACAUCUUCUUUAAAUGAAGCAACAACUCAUGUUGAGGAUCAAUUAUUUAAUUCAAUGGAAAAUCAAAUAAUAUCUUCAUUGGAUGAAACAGUAAUUCAUAUUGAAGAUCAAUUAACAAGCUCUAUGGAUAGUCAAACAACUUCUUCAAAGGAAUUAUUGAUUGAUGAGGAUCAAAUUGAAUAUUCUUUUGAUCUUUUGGAAAAUCAAUUGGAUCAAACAAUUGAUGAGGACAAGGAACCACCUGAAUGUCUCUACAAUUUAGUGGAAAAUUAUUUAUCAAUGUAUUUUGAUGAAAUAGAAAAUUAUGAAGUUCAUAAUGUUCAACUUGAAAAUAUUUCAACAAUUAUAUCAGGAUCUUAUAGUUCUUCACUUAAAGGAGAGGAAUAUUCAAGGACUAAUCAUAAAGGAAUACCAAAUGAAGGAUCUAUUAUAUUGUCAACAAAUCCAAACACUUUACCUUUAAGGUUGGAUCAACGAAAGGAAAACUAUAAUGAUAAUUAUCAAGGAAGUUAUACUAUAGGACAUCAAAUUCCUAUCUAUCAAUAUUUUUACAAUGAGUUGAUAAAUGAUGAACUGGAUGAAUUUUGGAUCAAAGCUUAUUUAAAUAGGAUUUUUAAUGCUGGAAUUCAAACUUUUGAAGGAUGGAUUUUCAAAGGAAACAUUUAUAAUAAUGAAAUUAUUCUUUUAG